AUGUUCGCCAUGGCUUCAAAUGGCCAUGCGCAAGCCGGCUUACCAAGACUGAGCACGACCAAGCGGACAUGUAGAAGGGAUUCGCUGUCUUCCUCCAGGACGCGUGAUUCGGGUUAUAACAGCGAUCCUGAUUCCCUCUCGCCCUUGGAAGCGGGGACGUUGGAUCAGGGCAUUCUUUUCGCACCCCUUCCAUCUGUGCCGAGCAUUCUUGUCAACAACAAAGCUACCUUUUCUAAGAAAUGCUACGUCGAUAGGCCUUGGUUGACUAGCCAGAACUGCGUCACUAGCAACCCUGCAGAACUCAUCACCAGUCAGGCAUUCCUCCAAUCCGCAUCUCCAGAAGCUCCAAAAAUAGGAUCUGUCGGGACUUUGCUUGACUUUCCACGUAAGGAUAUCCCUAAAGAUAGGCCUGCGUCGGACGAUGAAGAUAUAGAGCGGUGGAUCAACGAUAAUCUCCCAUCCAGCAAGCGCCCUAGGGAACGAGUAACAUCUAUCGUUUCCAUCUCAUCCACGAGCAGUUGCGACAUGCAUACCAACACCGACUUUAGUGACGACGAGAUGGAUCAUAAUGUAAUGGCUGUACGGCGUUUUCCGACUUCCACCCAGAAGAUUAUUGAUCUUAUCUUACGCAAAGUCGAGAUCAACCUCCGCAAUGCGGCUUACAAGCAAUGUGCGGGAAGUAAAGCCGCGCACACCCAAGGUAGAGGCACACUCUCCUCAAGCCAGAGCAGUCGUAAAACAUCAGUAAGCUCAGGAACCAAACGCAAGUCCCGUUCAGAAGGCAGUCCGCCACCAGAGGACGAUGACGACGAUGGUUCAAACAAGCGACGCCGGGGCUCCACGGCAACUACUACAGACGAUUCUGAGACUGGAGCAAAGUUUGCGUGUCCGUUCUACAAACAUGAACCGGACAGGUAUCGCAACAGGCGCACUUGUCCUGGACCUGGUUGGCCAUCCGUCCAUCGGAUGAAAGAACACCUCUACCGAUCACAUUCCCAGCCAAUAUUUUGUCCAAUCUGCUACGAGACCUUCACUUCAGACAAGGCGCAAUCAACUCACGUACGUCUGCGAGAGUGCGAGAAUUCACCGCCUCGGGAAAUUGAAGGAAUUGACCGUGAGACUAUUCGGACCCUGAAGAAGCGCACCCCUGCGUAUAUGCUAGAGGAGGACAAGUGGAGAGACGUAUAUCAGGUCCUCUUUCCAGAUGUGGCUGACGCUGAGAUACCCAGUCCGUUCUACGAUUGCGAUUCACCAAGCGAAACAUCCCGACGCUUCCGCAGAGAUCUUCUGCAUCGCGUACAUCAAGAACUGCUUGUCGAGGCCGGACAAGUACCUAGUCCUGUCGAGCGAGAGAUUAUGCAGCGCGUGGCCCAAAUCGUGCGCCGUUGCGAGCAAGAUCUGCUGAAUCAGGCGCAACCGACAUCUUUCAACCCGACGCGACGUAGUAGCGUCAUUUCUACAAGUAGUGCGCCCUAUGCCCCGCCUCUACCCGAGCCUACUCCGAUUGUCGAGACAGAUGCUCCGUCGUUCAUUCCCGAGCCUACGAUCAAUUGGGGUUCCUGGAGCUACCCGUCAUACAAUCCAUUCGGUCUAGGAAUCGACUGGGAAGCUGCGUUCCCAUCUGAACCUGAGAUGCAGUGUACAGGUAGCGACGAGACUGCUGCAAGCUUUUUGACAUUAUACCGCCCGCAAUGCGCCUCUCACGUCCCGCGCCCUGCAUGUCCCACCCAACGCCUUGAGCAACGCCGUGCGCUCAACCUGUACAAGACGGCCAAGGCCAAGACAGUCCUCGGUCAGCACAAGGUGCUAACGUUUACUCCAUAUGAAUAUCCGCGGUUGGAAGACCUGUCACACAAGGUCAGACUCUGGGAGACGACGAAGCAGGGCGCAAAGGAGGGCUUGAUAGCGGACAACAUCUCAUUGCAAGAACUGUACGACAACCAUGUCAAAGACGGAGAAAUGCUCUGGUGUAUGGAUGCGCUGAAGAAAGGAAUGGCACAAGGAUCUUUGGACAAUGAGGACCAGGGCGAGGCGAGCAUGGGUGUACCGGAAAACUUGAGGGACUUCUCCAUCACCAAAGCACACACGUUCUCGAUCCCCAAAACUAAGAAGGGCAAGCAAAUUGGAGGGCUCAAAAACAUCAUCUUUAACGAGUCCAGUCCAAUCGAAUUCUACAGGCUAUCAUUGGAUCGCGCAUACCAAUUCCUCGAGCAUGGCUGUCCUGUAGAGUUUCGCCUCCGCUUACAAGGCAGACCGCUGCUAAAAGAGGAAAGGAUCACGGCAGCAGAUCCUCGCCGCUGGCAAUGGAUGCAUUCGCAUUUCCCACAUCUGCGACCAGACUUUAUCAUGAAGGGAAUGCCUAAGGGCACAGCCUAUGUAAUUGAACCUGUGAGUGACGGACGCUCCGUGCAAUGGGUGGCUGGAAACCCAGACCAACCUGGUCAUGAAGGGCUCAACAAGCGGAUAUUCAAAAUCAAGGGUGCGGUUGCGCGCUCUGUCAAGCAAGGCAAACAAGCCAUGCUGCCAAAGAUAAUGCGUGGGAAGUUGAGAGAAUCCGGGAUGGAUGCUUACUCGACCAACACGGGCUUGCCGAAAGAGCAGGCUCGGGCAAAAUUUGCAAGGGGUGGAAAGGUCACGUACGGUGGCGAAGAGAGGAAGUAUCUCAAGAGGGAUGCGGAGACGGACGGGUUCAUGACGCCCGAUCCGGCGUUACAACAAACGCGCCAGGCGUGUCGCCCCAAGCACCAGGUCCUGGUCCUCAAAUGCUACCCAAAAGUCCAGAAGAGCGAUGCCGAAGCAAAGGCCAAUUCGAGCGAGCUAAGCUAUCUGCUCUUCUACGCGAGCACUCGCCGCAGUAAGCUGCAAAAGGUGGUCGACUUCCUAGACAAGAGGGCGACCAAGGAUGUGUGGAAAGUCAGGACAGGCAAUGUGCAGGUUACGCUGCAGAUUGUCAGGGCGCUGAUUGAGAAAUGCCCGCGCGAUCUUCCCCUCUAUGCGAGUGCCGUACUGCACAUCCUGCGAACCAUUCUCAACUCAAACGACUUUACCAUGGUGGAGGAAUCCGUGCCGACAUUCGAAGCUCUAUGCGCGCAUCAGGAUCCCGCCGCCCUCGCAGCCGACCAGGACUAUAUCAAGAAGUACGAGGAGAUUGUGCAGUUGUACGCUCAGUUCGCGUCCAAGGAGACUGUCAAGACGGGCAAGGCACCAGUCAGCUGGCCUGUUGCAGUCAGAUACCGCAAGGCUGGGCUCCAGGCCCUGAAGGCCAUUGCCUCGUCUGAGUCAUUAGGGUCCGAGACAGGGCGUCAAUUGGGCGCCGUCAUACCAGUCAUACUCGUCAACAUACAUUCAGAGAGUGGCGCAUACCUCAAGAGGUUGGAAGCACGGGAAGCCACCAAGGGCGAACACGACAAGGAGCUGGCAUUACGGCGGCGGCAGAGUGUAUCUACUGCACGGACCGACGAUGAAGACGGCGACCCGAUCGCAGCAUCCGGAACGACCGAGGAUGCGGAUAAGCUUGCAGAAGAGGAGGUUGGAGUACUUGCACUUCAGGCGCUGAGGAGCAUAUUCCAGGGUGUGAAUCGAGGGCAACUUCGGCUUGCGACCUCAGCAGUGCUCAAGUUUAUCGCAUCACAUGUCAAGAGCUCACAGGAGGCUACCCCAAGCGAAAGCAGCCAUUGGGCGACUACUCUGAUGGCUUUGAUCUGCGCAUGGGUCCCUGUGCAGGACCGAUACACAAUCCUGGUGGGCGCAGUUGAAGCCCUGGUUCGUAGUCCAAUCGUGGAAGAUGACCUCGAACAACAGUUGGUUCUGGCGACUAUCAUCGACUAUCUUCUAGCCUCGACAAUCAACUUCAUCGGACUCAGUGUCAUGGAUGUUCUGGUCGGACUCAUCUCUCACUCAUUGCUACUCCUUCAGCUUGGUGGGCCAGGAUCGAACAUUGUACCGCAUCAUCAGCAGACAGCAUCUGUUGUGGGAGAAAAAGACCCUAGCAGCCAAUCUCCGACGACUAAUUUGGACGCUGUGGUCACGGAGGUCGUUAAGAAGCCCUCUAACGUGAGGCUACAACUUCUGGAUACCGUACAGAGAUGCAUGGCGGAUCUCGCAACACAUGUGUACUAUACAGACCAGAUUUCUGACAUGUUGGAAGCGAUCCUGAGCCGCCUCAAGCCAUCACGUCUUUCGAGCGUUUCCUCCACCACUGAAGCAAUACAGAACCCCGAAGGCGCUAUAGACGCCGUUGCGGAUUCGAUCAGCAUGCAAGAAAAGACGCAUGUAGACCGCUUCUUCUCCUUCGAAACCGCACGUAUCACUGCUCUCGAUGCGGUCAAAGCCAUUAUCAAGACAGCAAACGCACGGAGACCGGACGGCUCAACUGCAUCUGUGUCGCGAAGCAAAGUCGGUGUGAGUGUCUGGGAAGGCACCCAGUGGCUUCUGCGCGAUCCAAGUGGCCAGGUCAGGAAAGCCUACGUCGACGCGCUGAUUACGUGGCUUAAUACGGAGAAGAACAAGGAAGAUCUGAAGAUUGUGGAUAACUACAGGCGGAAGGAGAAGGAGAACGAUAAGAAUGCGUUGGCUAGACGUGCAGUCUCGAAUGCAUCGAACAGGGAGAGAGUAUCGAAACGUGGUAGGGACACGUUCUUGCCCCUGCUUCAUCUAGCUGUCUAUGAGAACGCGCUUCACUACGUCGAUUCUGAGGCCGACUACCUGCUUCUGCACUUGCUGCUCACCACUCUAGUCAAUAGACUCGGAGUAAACGCAGCGAGGAGUGGACUGCCAAUGAUCAUGCGACUACAAGAAGAUAUCGUAACUAUCAAAGACCCAGGUGCUAAACUGCGCUUGGGCAGCUUGGUACAUGGCUACUUCUGGGCGCUCAGCAUAGCCCUGGACUUCGAGGUCUCCUCUGUCGGACGUGCCCUGCACAACGAAAUCUCGCGUAGAAGCAGCAAGGGUCUGUGGAUGAAGAGCAUACGCGUUCCGCCCAUGCCCAUUGAGCUCAUAGAAACACCUCAUGCGACACCUGUCGCUGUACCAGCAGAGAUUGUCGAGAACGAAGCUCUGAAACCAUUUGACAACAGGGAAGCUUUGGUCGAAAAGAUAUCGGAAGGUUACUCGACUUCCCUAUAUUCGCCGCCUUCUUCGCCGCCUGGCUCACCUGGCCGCGGAGCCAAUGCGUCUAUCCCUACUAUCCAUCAACCUGUGCAGCAACCUUCAAGCCACCAGGGCCCACCUGAACUCCCAUUCAAAGUCCGAGAAGAUCUCCUCUCGGACUGGACGAGAGACGGCUGUCUAUCAUCCCACACCAAAGACUCGUCAUCUGCUUCCAUAUCAGGAUCGAAGACAGGAACGCAUUACACCGCGGCGACACAGAAGAACAACUUCCUCGGCGUCAACGUACAAAAUGAGAAUCUGGAUAGUAGUGGUGGUAGCUCGCCUGCUCAAUCGCCAAGACGUGCGCAUAGUCGUCCGCCGUCCGCAGCAUACGGGCUUGUAGGUCGAUUGUCGAGUCCGAAUCGGAGCAGAAGUCCGGGCGGCAACACACCGAAUUCUUCGUCGAGUCUGCGGUCUACAGUCAGGGUUGAUGAUUUGCGACGGGCGUUGAGUACAAGUCACGGCGGGGCACCGAGGACGGGAUAUUCUCACCGCGCACCGAGCCAUCGAGCAAGAAAGAGUCUGAGUGACCACGACGCUUCCUCAACAAGUGAUUCGAUGGUCAGUGUGCAUUCUCUGUCCGACGCGUCGUUUAUUACUACGGGUCCGGUCAAGGAGGAGCAGCAGAGUAGUGGUGUCCAGAAUCCAGAAUCGCCUACUACGCCGGCUGCUACUUCUACGCCCAGACCGACAACAGCUACUUCCAUAAACUUUGGGACAGCAGCAGCGGGAGGAGGAGGGGGAAGGGAAAGUACGUAUACAAUGGAUAACUUGCCGCCUGUGCCGCCUAUUCCUGAGGGUCUGCUCAACGGGCAGAGCGAGGCUAGGGAUUUUGCGAGACCGAAGACGGCGCCUAAUGGUGCGGUGAAGAAGAGUAGGAGUGUCAAGAGUGGAGUGAGCAGAGAAAACGGCGGCGGCGGUGGAGAUUUAGAACGGGAUAGUCUCGUCACAGCCAAGUCCUUUACAAGCCCUCCUUUCGCACUAAGCCCAUACAUUCCAAUCACCGAAAGCCCAAACUGCAAAGGCAGAGUGAUUGACAACAACAGCGGCGUCAAAUACUGUCUCGGUACAUGGUUCCUCGGCAAUUGCAAAUACAAGGCCUACACCGAAGGGAAAUCGUGUAUUGACUUUGCCGACAUUGUCCAACGGCCCCGUUCUAUUGGUCCCGAUCCAGGCGGCUACUUACGCUUGGAUGUCCUGGUCUGA